UUAAAAUUUCUAAUUGAAAAAUAAAUAAUUCAAGUCACGUUUAUCGUUAAAUUAUUUAAUCAAUAUUGUUAAUGACAUUUUUUCGUGAUUUUUUCCUUAAUUUCUAAAAAAAAAAUUAUUUUUUUUUCCUCUUGUUUAGUUUAGUGACAAAACAUUGAAUUUUUAUUUAAAAAAAUUUAUCAAAAAAAAAAAAAAAAAAUUAAAAUAUCAGUUACUUUUUUUAUGAGUCAUGUUUUUUUUUCUUUCAAAUAAAAUGUUGAAAAUCAAUUUUCUUUUUUAGUUUUUAGAUUUAAAUAGACAUUUAAAAUGACAAGUUGUAAAUUUUUUUUCAUUUAUGACGACGCAAUGUUUUGAUGAAAAAAAAAAAAAAAAAGAAAAUAGAGGCAAAUUAUAAACAGCUUGAAAGCGAAUUUUUUUUUUUUUUGAUGUAUGUGCACUUUUAAAAUAUGACUUAUACCUUUUAUCAAAAGACUCUUGUCUUAAUUAUUGUUUUUACUGGAGCAUUUCACACACUAUCAGUAAAAUUUGCUGAUCGUUUAGACGCAACUGGAGAAGAUGGACAAAUUCGAAAAUUUAAUCAUCCUUUUGUUGAGGCAACAUUUAUGUUUCUCGGCGAAAGUUUGUGUUUGAUAGUUUACAAAAUUAUUUGUUGGUACCUCAACAGAAAAUCGGAUGGAUCGAUUGAUACAAAUCCAUUGACAAGAGGAAAUCGUGAUGUAAAUCCAAUAAUUUUAAUGAUACCAGCAUUGUGUGAUGUUAUCGCAACAUCAUUAAGAUACAUUGGAUUAACAAUGACAUAUGCAAGUAGCUUUCAAAUGUUACGUGGCGCUGUUAUUGUAUUCACUGGAAUAUUAUCAAUGGGAUUUCUCGAUAGAAAAUUGGGUUAUCGCGAAUGGAGUGGAAUAUUUUUUGUUAUUGUUGGUCUUGUAAUUGUUGGUAUCACUGAUGUUCUCACUGAGGAUCGUAGUAUGGGUUCUAAUUCAAUUAUUACCGGCGAUUUACUUAUUCUUUGCGCUCAGGUAAUGACUGCAAUACAAAUGGUAUAUGAAGAAAAAUUCGUUGGUGGUAAUGACAUUCCAGCGCUUCAGGCAAUUGGUUGGGAAGGAGUAUUUGGAUUACUAGCACUUCUUCUUGUGAUGAUUCCUUUGAAUUAUAUAAAAGUAGUUCCACCGUUUGCUGAUAAUUCGCGUGGAACUUUAGAGGCAACUAUUGACGCUUUUGUACAAAUUGGAAAUUCUAGUCAACUUAUAAUUGCAAUGAUUGGAAUAAUGCUUACUAUAGGACUAUUCAAUUUUUCUGGCUUAAGUGUUACAAAAGAAAUAAGUGCAACGACACGAAUGAUUUUAAGCAGUAUUUGCACAAUUGUUAUUUGGGCAUUUUCAUUAAUUUUCCAAUGGCAAGCUUUCCACUAUUUGCAGCUGGUUGGAUUUACUGUUCUCGUAUUGGGAAUGUGUUUCUACAAUAAUUUAUUAAUACCGACGCUGCUUAUUCAAAUUAGACGUCGACUGAAUAGAUCUAAUAAUGUGUCAAAUGACGAAGAAAGAAUUUUAAAUGCAACUGAUGACGAUAUAGAAGAAAAAUCAUUUUAUUAAUAUUAAUAUAAAUUCUAUAUAGUUAAUUGAAAAAAAUUAUUAUUUUUUUUUUUAUUUAUCGACAAUUUGCAGUAUGGUUGUGCAUAAAUUUUAUUUCAUAAUUAUAUAUAUAUAUAUAUAUAUAUAUAUAUAUAGUUUUAUUAUAAUCCAAAGAAAUAAUUUAAUAUGUAGAAUUUUUUUUUUUUUUUAUACAUUUAUGAUUUCAAAUGAGAAACUUCCCUGGUGGAAGAUAUUUAAAUAUUUUAUAAGUGCUCAAAACAACGAAAUGCACAAAAAUUAUUUUAUUUUUCUAUUAAUUAUUAUGCAAAUGUUGUACUAUUGACUUUUUUUAAGUGAAGAAUUAUUUUUUUCAAGCUUUAUGACAAAAUUAUUCUCUCAAAAAAAAAGGGAAAUAUUAUUUUACGCUCAGUAUUUGCUGAAAGUAUUUUCAAAAAAUAAUUUCUUAAAAUAAAAAUAAAAAAAAUUUCCGUAUAAAUAAUUAAACAUUUUAUAACUGAUUUUUUCGUCGCGAAAAUUAGAAAAAAAAAUUUGACCUACGCUUAUAAAAAAAAUAUUAUUAUUAAUGCAUUCGUAAAAAAUGUAUUUUUGCAUUUUUUUUUUUUAAAGAAAUUAUUUUUCUUCAAAAAUACAAUUUUUCUCACCUCUUUUUUGUGGAAUAAUUUUUUGUUUUACAGACUUGAAAAUUAAAACCUUCUCUUAAUAUCAGUAAUGAAGAAAUCUCGACUAAGGACAUUGCCGGAAAAUGCUCCCUAAGUAUUAAAAAAAAAAGAAUCUAGUUUUUAUUAUACAAUGUAGACAGAUAUUUAAUUACGAAAAAAAAAAAAUUAUCAGCGCAAAAAAAAUAGUAUAUUUUUGUGACGUACAAUUUUUAUUAUGUAAGAAAGAGCCUAAUAUGAAUUCAUUAAAAUUAUAAAUAUAUCACUCAUAUGACACGUGA